GUGGUGCUUACCGGCUGGAGCGAACGGUUCGGAGUGCACAUGGGCCUCAACAAGCUCCGCAGCUACACGGAGUCGCUGCAGAUCGCGCGAGACGCCCGCGGCGGCCUGCUGGCUGGCGCCUACGCUGGUGCAGGCGGCCUGUGGCUCCGCAACUUCGCGUGGAACUUCACGUUCUUCGAGUGGAAGCGCUUCUUGCACAACGCCGUGGAGCGCACGCCGGACAAUUCCCCGGCGCUCUUCUGCCGACACCUCGAUUGGUUGCGGACGCUCGACAAGAAGGACCAGGCGAACGUUCUGACCUUUGAGGCCGCCACGCUCGGGACAUACCUGACAUUCUUCAACAUGGCGGGGGACAACAUCAAGACAAAGAUGCAGGUCGACCCCGCCAGGUACCCGAGCUUCGCCGGGACGGCGCAGGAGAUCUGGCAGCAGCACGGGCUCGUCGGCUUCGCCCGCGGCAGCAUCUUCAAAGGCAUCUACCUCAUCCUCGGCGCCACGGUAGCGAUCGGCAUCCAG